GAUUCAAAGCCGGUGGUGUUACAGGGAUGCCAGUGUACCUGUGUGGCAGGUACAGCCUUGUGCAGUCAUGUGGCAGCGCUACUGUACCAGACGGCACACUACUCCCAGCUGAGGCUUGCAUCAGUUCCCCCAGUGUUCAGCUGCACAGAAACUGAACAAAAGUGGCACAAACCAAGGACCAUGGGUAUUAAACCUGGUCCAGUUAAUGACAUGGUAAUCAUAUCAGCCAGACCAAGAGAGAGGAGACUUGCAGAAGGAAUCAGAAGCAACUUGUAUAAAGGAGUUAGCUGCCCUCUGCCAGACAUUUCCACUCUGAAAGUCCAGGAGGCGUACCAUGGACUUAGUGCAGCCGAAGCUCCAAUGAUCACAGCAAUGGCUAUCUCCAGUGAUGUACCUCUGGUUGAGUCCAUGUUUGGUUCGGUGCAGAAGGGAAGUGUGCUGUCCUAUCAGCUACCAGUAAGGACAGUCCCCAGUACCCGUCCACACACAGAUGCCCCUUCUCCCCCACAGCUGCCACUCUCUUAUUACAGACUGGGACCCUCUACCUGUGCAUUUGUCUUGUCUGAACAUCAGCACCAUCAUCUGGCAUCCCUUGCAACAUCUUUUGAGACAGCACACAAAAUCAAAAACAGCACACGAGAGCAGAGUUCCUGCGUUGAGUGGCACCAACUAAGAAGGUGCCGCAUUACUUCUACCAAAUUCAAAGAAGUUUGCCACACCAGGGGGGAAAGCUCUGCUGAAAACCUUGCAAAAAGGCUUCUGGGACCUUGCCAUCAGACUGCUGACAUGCGGCGGGGUCUUGCCUUGGAGCCUAUAGCAGUAGAGGAGUACUGCAAGGUAAAGGAGGUCAACCACUACCCAUGUGGGUUCCUGAUCCACCCUGAGGCACCACGGAUGGGGUCAACACCUGAUGGGAUUGUGUACGAUCCUGAGGGGCAGCCAGUGUUUGGCCUGUUAGAAAUUAAAUUCCCAAAUGUAAGUAGCAAUGUUGACUGCCCUUACGUUAUGAUAAAGGAGGGUACACAUACACUGAGGCAAUCCCAUCCUUAUUACUGGCAGGUCCAGGGACAAAUGUUUAUGUCUGGGUGUGACUGCAUCGACCUCACCCUCAGCAUCGACCUCACUCUCAGCAUCGACCUCACUCUCAGCAUCGACCUCACUCUCAGCAUCUGA